GCCAAUUUGAUAGCAAUGAAUCGCUUCUUGAGAUCCCAAGCUGCUAUUAACUCACUCAGAUCACUCAACAGUACUCAACAAUCGCCGAUUGAAGCUUCGUCCAAAUCUACCAUUCUCAACCGAUCGUUUUUCCUUUCAUCUAAUCACUUCAAGUCGCUGUUUUUCUCCCCCUCUUAUGUCCGCCAUUUUCGUACCUCUCGCAAUCCCAGUAACAGUUAUGAUACUCCACCACCUGUUAAUUGGGGCAUCCGUAUAGUACCUGAGAAGAAGGCUUACAUGAUUGGAAGAUUCGGAAAAUACGCUAAGACCUUGGAACCUGGGAUUCACUUGUUGAUUCCUUUUGUUGACAAAGCUUCCCACGUGCAUUCUCUUAAAGAGGAGGCAAUUCCUGUCGCAGACCAAUCUGCCAUUACCAAGGACAAUGUCAGCAUAUUGGUAGAUGGAGUGCUCUAUGUUAAGAUGGUUGAUUCUAUGCCGCCAUCAUAUCGAAUGGAAAAUCCACGAUAUCCUGUCAUUCAGCUUGCACAGACCACUAUGCAUAGUGAUCUUGGCAAGAUCACCCUUGAUAAAACAUUUGAAGAAAGAAACACAUUGAACGACAAGAUAGUGAUAGCUAUCAAUGAAGCUGCAAAAGAUUGGGGCUUGCAAUGUCUUCGUUGUGAAACAAGGGAUAUAUCUCCUCCCCGUGGUGUAAAAGAAGGUAUGGGGAUGCAGACAGAAGCUGAGCCGAAAAAGAGAGCCCAAAUUCUGGAGUCGGAAGAAGAAAGACAACCAAGUGUUAACAUUGCUGAUGGAAAGAAGAGUUCCAUGAUGUUGGAAGUUCAGGGAGAAGCAGAGGCUAUUUUGGCUAGAUGUCAAGCAACAAAUAAAGGAAUUGCUUUGGUUUCUCAAGCUCUUCAAGAAAAUGGAGGAGUUGAGGUAAGGUCUUGUGGUCUUUAAUCUGUGUAUCAGGUACAUGCCGUCAUGCUGGUGGAAAUAUCUUGAUGUUUAUAUAGAUCUACAAUAUCUUUACACUGUUGAAGUUUCAUAUAUGUUUUUUCUUUCUAA